AUGAGCAGGAAAAAUCAAAGCAUGAUCAGGAGCGCCAAUACUCGUAAUAAAAGAAAUGAAUUGAACGAGGAGCAAAAGUUAGAAAUUAAAGAGGCGUUUGAUCUCUUCGACACCAAUGGAACAGGUAGAAUUGAUGCAAAAGAGCUCAAAGUGGCCAUGAGAGCUUUAGGUUUCGAACCAAAAAAGGAAGACAUAAGAAAAAUUAUAUCUGAUGUGGAUAAAGACGGUUCUGGAACAAUAGAUUUCAACGACUUCUUAGAUAUAAUGACAAUAAAAAUGAGUGAACGUGAUCCCAAGGAAGAAAUACUGAAAGCAUUUCGACUGUUUGACGAUGAUGAAACUGGAAAAAUUUCUUUUAAAAAUUUAAAGCGAGUCGCAAAGGAACUUGGGGAGAAUAUAACUGAUGAAGAAAUUCAGGAGAUGAUUGACGAAGCUGAUAGGGAUGGAGAUGGCGAAAUAAACGAAGAAGAAUUUAUGAGAAUUAUGAAAAAAACGAAUUUAUUUUAG